GUGAGCGAGCGGGGAGGAGCGUAGCGGGCAGAAGGUUACGCAUUGUGGGGAAAGUUUAACGCAUGCACACACGCACAAGCGCGCACUCACGUGCACGCGCACAGUUUAGUUCCAAAUGUGAAAACUGUGAGUAGUUCAUGGUGUUAUAUUUGUCAAUAAGUUGUUUUUCUUGUGUUGUUCUCGUCGCGGUGUCGUUGUUUGGAUAUUUGAGUUGUCACCAAAAGCAAAACAUUUGUGUCCGAAAGCGACCUUUUUUUUCCCUCCCUUUUACGAGGAAAACAGACGCGCACGCACGUGGCAGCGUGUUGAGGCCGGCAAAAUGAUCGAGUUCAUUUUCAUUUGCUGUGCGAUUGGUUCACUAAUUUGUUAUCGUCCCGGGCCUGGCGCCCACGAGAACAACACAUCUUGUCAUGCUUUAAUCUGGAGAGAUCAUGUGACACCCCUGCUCCUGGCGUAUGGCACUGGAUUGGUAAGAGCCCGUUUACAAACUGAUGAAAACCCGCACCACCAUCACGAUCUGCACCAAAGCUCAACGUCUUCUACCCGCCAUGAACUUUGGUUGUGUAGUUUGGACGUAACCCUGCUAGCCAGCAACGACUUACAGUAAGCCAUGAGAAAAAACAAGGUGUGUGCCCCCCAGGGACUGGCCCGCUCAUCAAAUGUCCGCCGCGUGAGUCCAUCACGGUUUUGGGUUGUGUUGUGUUCGGUCGUGGAAUCAGUCAGACUGGUUUUUCUCCACCAGAAGGCCCACACAGAGAAAGAGAGCGCGAGAAGAGGGGGGGGCAUUGUUCUGGAAAUAGCUUGAGGGUAUUUGUGUGUGUGUGUGUGUGUGUGUGUGUGUGUGUAUAAUGGGUGUGCCCAGGUUGACGCAGGCUCGCAGGAGGCGGGACUUAGCUGCCGUCUCAGGUGUGUCUUUACAAAACAGAGAAGCAAACCACGAGGACGUAAACACGCGUUCGGUGAAUGUAGGUCAGCUGGCUGCUGAGUUCAAAGGUCGAGACUUACAGAUGAGAGAGAAUGAGGAGAGCGGAAGUUGUACGUGUACCUCCAUCCUGAAUAUUUCCAGGAAGCUCCGGUGCUGCUUCCUGUCUGGACUUGCCAGAGGAAAGGUGGAGUCGUCCCCCAUGAAGACGACCUGGUACUGUCCUCUGGAUCUGUCCACAGUGGUGGAGGAAGAGGAGGAUGGAGUCAUCUACACAGUGGUGGUCAAACAAACGCACCACGGCUCCCCCUCCAGUCCCACGUCGUCCGUGUCUCGUUGCCAGUGCGUGAAAGCGGGCACGGAAGAGAGGCUGGUGCUCCACCUCCUCCACUGCUUUACGCUGGGAGACACGUCCUUCAUCACCAUCUUCCUGGCCACCUAUCGCUCCUUCACCUCCACAGAGCGAGUGCUGGACAUCCUGACUGACAGGUUGGAGCACCCACCCGGCGACAGCUCCAGGAGCCACGCAAGAAAAUCUUUCAACAAAGCAGUGUGCACCGUGUUCAGCGCGUGGCUGUCAGAGUACCCCGAAGACUUCAAGGGUUUGAGGGAGCCCUCGCGCCUCCUGCGGCUGGCGCCCCUCCUCCCCCGGGACUCGUCGUCUGCAGCCGACCUCCGCGCUCGCUUCCUCGGGAUAGCCGAGCAGCUGAGCGAGAAAGCCCUGCUGCCCAACGCCUAUAAAGACGUGAAGAUCUGCCGCAGCCCAAGCCCCGACGCCUCCAAGUUUGAAGCCACCACAAUCCUGGGCUUCGCCUCGGCUGCCGUCGCCGAGCAGCUCACCCGCAUCGAGACGGAGCUGUUUGUGCGCCUGGUGCCGUACCACUGCCUGGGCUCGCUGUGGUCUCAGCGGGACAAGAAAGGCCGGGAGGGCGCGUGUUGGUCCGUGCGGGCCACCGUGCGCCAGUUCAACCGGCUGGCUAACGCCGUCCUGGCGUCCUGCCUGUGGCCCACCAGGCUGCGCAGUCAGCAGCGAGCUCGGCUGCUGGAGAAGUGGAUCAGCGUCGCCGAGGCGUGUCGAGCCAGGAAGAACUUCUCCUCGCUGUACGCCAUCGUGUCGGCCCUGCAGAGCAACCCCAUCCACCGCCUGAGGAGGACCUGGCAGGACACCGACAGGGAGGCCACGAGGAGAUACGAGGAGCUGUCAGAGAUCUUCUCGGACAAGGACAACUACUCACAGAGCAGAGAACUCCUGAAGGAGGAAGGAACGUCCAAGUACGCCAACCUUGACAACCAACUCAGCAACAAACAGCCCGUCAGGUCCGGCGCCCAGGGCACGGUGCCGUACCUGGGCAUCUUCCUCACCGACCUCACCAUGCUGGACACGGCGGUCAAAGACAGGCUGGAUAACGACUACAUCAACUUCGACAAGCGGAGACGGGAAUUUGAGGUUUUAGCUCAGAUUCGCCUCCUGCAGUCAUCUUGCAAGAACUGCGUGUUCAUGAAGGACGAGGCCUUCCUGCGUUGGUACCACAGCGUGCCCACGCUGACCGAGGAGCAAAGUUACAGGCUGUCCAAUGAGAUUGAAGCGCCCGGCGAGGCGGGCCCUCGAGGCCCCACCCCCACCGUCAUCAUCACCCAGUGCCCCGAUCUGAGUUCUUCCAGGAGCAGCCUGACGACCGACGCCGACGGCCUCUUUGACUUCUCCUCCCCCGUCAACAACCUGCUGUCCAAACUCACAAAGCACAUGAGAUCUCCGUCCGUGUCCUGCUUGGAUGUCGACACGUCUCCUCCGAUCACCGACUCCUCCUCCCCCGCCAAACUUGCUCCUUGCACGCCGCCCAAAUCUCACCGCCGCUCCGCGUCCUGCGGCAACAACCCCCCCAGCGGCGCCCAGGGCUCGGGACCCGACAUGCGCAUCAUCAGGAUCCGCAUGGACCUGCAGGACGGGAACCUGUACAGGAGCAUCCUGGUGACCAACAACGACAAGACGCCCGCCGCCGUCAGCUCCGCCCUGGAGAAACACAAUCAGGACCCCAAACAAGCGUCCACGUAUGAGCUGAUCCAACUCCUGCCUGAAGGAAAAGAGCUCGUCAUCCCCGCCACAGGAAAUGUCUUCUACGCCAUGACAUCAUCCAGCGUGGACUUCCUACUGAGGAGGAAAGACGCAAGCACGCCCCUGGGCUCGCCGUCCAUCAGCCAAUCAGAGACGAGCGCCACGUAUCCCCGCAUCAAAGCCAAGGGGAGGAGGCUGGUCCGCACGCUUUUUUGAUCGCAGGUGCUUCUUUGCUUUCAUUAGUUUCAACCUCAGCAAUGUCGUCAUCUAAUUGUCCUUUCCUUCCGUCUGAUUGGGUUCCUUUUCGCUGUGGUUUUUCUUUUCUUUGGCGUGACGUCUCCGACCGCAUUUCAUCUUCUUUGAUGUGUUUUUGUAAACCUGAACGGGACUGAAUGUGUUCCUACCAAAUCUGAUUUUCAGUUGAUCAGUUUCUUUCUGUCAUUUCCUUAUCUAUGAUUUUAUUGGAUGUGAAGUGAAAUCCACGACGCGUCUCAACCAGAUUUCAUUCUAUUUCUCUUCAUUUCAUCUUUUAUGUUGAGCUUUUUCAUCUGUCUGUAUUAUUGGAUUUAUUACUCUGUUUUGGGGGGUUUUCAGUACUUUUUCUCCACAUCUCCCAGGCUGUAUUCCAGUUGAUUGUACUUUACUUUUCGUUUGUGUUUUAUUUGGAUUUGUCUGGUGAGUGACUGUCCCCUGAUACCAAGGGUUCUCCGCCAAAUCCGUCCCGGUGUGCGAUGGCGUGAAUCUGCCGCUGGAGACCAAGUUUUGCUGGCAAACGGCAUGCAUCAGCGACCAGGCCCUGAAAGAAGAGUCAGUGGACCUUUUCGUCGAUGAACGUGAUCGGAAUGCCAAACAACCCCCCCAGGAAGAGCGAUGCUGUUGUUGCCGUUGUUGUGCGCCUCGAUCAAAGUGGGAUGAGCGGGAUGGAAGACCAGAGGUCUUGCUUCUAAAGCUAAAUGGGACGCCGUUUUCCACGCCAAGUAUGGAAAUACCAAUAAAAACACAACCUGACGUGAGGAUGUGUUUUAUAAGUGAGGCCCCCCCAGGACUUUACGGCAGAUGACGGGUGUCAUCAAGUGCUGAAACUUUUUUUUUUUCAAGAUUGUUUACGCUAGCAAGGAGUCCAAAAUAUCUCGCAUUUCACCGAGAAAGAACACAUGAAAUACCCGCUAAAUGUCCCGCGCCUUUCAAUUUUCAACUUUACGUAAAGUAUUUGAAUAUUUCAUUUCAUGCGCCCGUAUGAUGGGAAUAUUAUUUUCAUCAUCACAGCAACGACGUUAGCUGGCAUUAGCGUUGCUCGCUGACGUUAGCGUUGUUUUGCGUUGAUGCGCUGACGUACGCCUCCGUUAUGAAGAAUUUCUCAUCAUUUUGAUGGAACUCAGCCGAUUAACAUCAGCUUUCCAACUGAGCAAGGCUAAACCGCCACGCUAACGUUAGCCGAGCCGAGCCGAGCGUCCCCUAGCUAGCGUUCGCUAACACAACCGGAAUAAUCCUCAAGCAGCAUUAGCCUCAUUUAAGCUAAUGUAACUUUUACGUCACUUUGUUUUCCCUCCAACUCCAUCAGGGUGCCGACUUCUCAAACGCUUCAGUGCAACGUCUCACUUCAGGUCGUCACGUCCGGUGACCUCCUCGUGUGCGCCACUUGCUAAUGAGGCCUCCUGAUUGGCCGAGGCAUGUGCAUCACGACGCCAGAGGGAGGACCGUGGCUGCAAAUAGAAGUAAUUGUUGUUACUGAUGCUUUUAGUGCCUUUCUGGACGAGGUGCUGCCUUUUCUCCUGUAAAUAGAUGAAUCACGUAAAAACCUAUUUUUGCAGACAUGAAUGUACUUUUAUACCACAUUUGAUCAUUCCUGGCUGAUGUCGUACAGAUAUUUUGGAUGCCGCCAAGCGUCCUAUUAAAAUAAUCUGCCUCCGCA